AGAGAGAAAGAGAGACAGAGAUUGAAGAAGAUCUCUUCCGACAAGGUUCAACAAGAUCGAUUGAUAUUACAUGGAGGAGAUUCACUAGAAACCAAAAAGGAUAAAAAAUCUAUCUUGUUUUUGCAGAACCGACACGCAAAAAAAACGAUUCUGUUCUCGCUUCCUGUCUGAUAUCAAAAACACGAUAAGAUAAUUCUGAUUCUUACACACAAACCCUACUUCAUUCCCUUCCCUUCUUCUCCCAUCGUCUCCAAUCAUUAACCCAAAGAUCCGUCUCUUCUUUGCCUCAUGUCGAAGCAAACGUACAGAGUGUGUUUCUGCUUUCGCCGGAGGUUUCGCUACACUGCAUCGGAGGCACCGCGUGAGAUCAAGACCAUUUUCGAAAAGUACUCCGAGAAUGGGGUUAUGACCGUUGAUCAUCUCCUCAGGUUUCUGAUUGAUGUCCAGAAGCAAGAUAAAGCUACCAGGGAAGAUGCUCAGUCAAUCAUCAACUCUGCAUCUUCUCUUCUCCAUCGUAAUGGUCUUCACCUCGAUGCUUUCUUCAAGUACCUCUUUGGUGAUAACAACCCUCCUCUCGCUCUACGUGAGGUGCAUCAAGACAUGGAUGCUCCUAUAUCGCAUUAUUUUAUAUUCACUGGUCAUAAUUCAUAUUUGACUGGCAAUCAGCUUAGCAGUGAUUGCAGUGAGGUACCUAUAAUAGAUGCAUUGAAGAAAGGUGUUAGAGUGAUUGAAUUGGAUAUAUGGCCUAACUCCAACAAAGAUGAUGUUGAUGUUCUUCAUGGAAGGACUCUCACUGCGCCUGUGGAGUUGAUCAAAUGUCUGAAAGCUAUCAGAGCACAUGCCUUUGAUGUAUCCGACUUUCCUGUUGUUGUAACUCUUGAAGAUCAUCUUACACCAGAACUUCAGUCUAAAGUUGCUGAGAUGGUUACUCAGAUAUUUGGGGAAAUUCUGUUUACUCCUCCUGUCGGAGAAUCUUUGAAGGAGUUCCCGUCUCCAAACUCUUUAAAAAGGCGGAUUAUUAUCUCAACCAAACCUCCGAAAGAGUACAAGGAAGGAAAAGAUGAGGAAGUGGUGCAGAAAGGUAAAGCCUUGGGUGAUGAAGAAGCUUGGGGCAGAGAAAUUCCGAGCUUUAUUGAUAGGAAAAAAAGUGAUGUCAAGGAUGGCUUGGAUGGAAAUGAUGAUGACGACGAUGACGAUGAUGAUGAUGAUGAAGACAAGUCUAAGAAGAAUGCACCACCUCAGUAUAAACAUUUGAUUGCAAUCCAUGCUGGGAAACCAAAAGGUGGGAUUACUGAGUGUUUAAAGGUAGAUCCUGACAAGGUAAGACGCCUUAGCUUGAGCGAAGAACAACUUGAAAAGGCAGCUGAAAAAUAUGCAAAACAGAUUGUGAGGUUUACUCAACAAAAUUUGCUGAGGAUUUACCCAAAAGGAACUAGAGUUACUUCAUCAAACUACAACCCAUUGGUUGGCUGGAGCCAUGGUGCUCAAAUGGUGGCUUUCAAUAUGCAGGGAUAUGGAAGAUCAUUGUGGCUAAUGCAAGGAAUGUUUAGAGCCAAUGGCGGCUGUGGCUACAUCAAGAAACCCGAUAUUCUGCUGAAAGGUGGUUCUGAUAAUGACAUCUUUGACCCAAAAGCUACUCUACCUGUAAAAACAACACUUAGGGUAACUGUCUACAUGGGAGAAGGCUGGUACUUUGAUUUCCGCCACACGCACUUCGAUCAAUAUUCACCGCCUGACUUCUAUACGAGGGUUGGGAUAGCUGGAGUUCCAGGGGAUACAAUAAUGAAGAAGACAAAGACAUUGGAGGAUAAUUGGGUACCAUCUUGGGAUGAGGUGUUUGAGUUCCCAUUAACAGUUCCGGAACUGGCUUUGCUGCGAUUAGAAGUGCAUGAGUAUGACAUGUCAGAGAAGGAUGAUUUUGGAGGGCAGACAUGCUUGCCGGUAUGGGAGCUAAGCGAAGGAAUAAGAGCAUUUCCUUUACAUACCCGGAAAGGGGAGAAGUACAAAUCCGUGAAGCUUCUUGUGAGGGUGGAAUUUGUGUGACGAUUGAGAUACAGCAUUUAAAACUGGUCAGGUAAGUUUAAGCACCACGGAGGUUGUGCAUUUGGAAUCGGAGGAUUGGUGUGUGAGUGAGUGAGUGAGUGUGAGUGUGUGUGGAGGAUCUGCUUGAUUUGUUGUGUGUAAUAUAUAUUAUGUACAUAUAAGAGGCAAGAGUGAGAGAGACUAUGGUCUUGUCUUGUAUGUUGUAUUAUUAUUAUGUAUGUAGUUUCGUGUAACACUGUAUGUAUGGAUUGUGAUUUUUAUGUAGACCGUGUUAAAACUUGUUUUGA